AGGGCUGGCGCGCUCUCCCGGACCCGGCGCCCACAGGGUCGCGGCGCGAUGGCACAGGUCGGAGGCCCCGGGGCCAAAAAGGGUAUUUUGGAACGUCUGGAUAGUGGAGAGGUUGUGGUUGGAGAUGGCAGCUUUCUCAUAACUCUGGAGAAGAGGGGCUAUGUGAAGGCUGGGCUCUGGACUCCGGAAGCAGUGGUAGACCAUCCCGAUGCAGUUCGUCAACUUCACAUAGAAUUCUUGAGAGCAGGAUCAAAUGUCAUGCAGACUUUCACCUUUGCUGCCAGUGAGGACAAUAUGGAAAGCAAGGGUGGUCCUUGGGAACACAUCACUGGCCUGGGAAUGAGAAGAAUCGGGUUUGAUGCCAACUUUGCCACCUGCUGGUAUUUUGAGCAUGCUGAAGAAGCCAUAUGGGCUGUGGAAGUCUUAAAAGAAUCGGGUAAACCUUUGGCAGCUACCAUGUGCAUAGGCCCGGAUGGAGACAUGUGUGGUGUGACACCUGGAGAAUGUGCUGUUAAGCUGGUGAAGGCAGGGGCUGCAAUCGUGGGUGUGAACUGCCGCUUCGGGCCCAGCACCAGCUUGAAGACAAUGAGGCUCAUGAAGGAGGGCCUACAGGCCGCGGGGUUGAAGGCGCACCUGAUGAUGCAGUCCCUGGGCUUCCACACCCCUGACUGUGGCAAAGGCGGGUUUGUGGAUCUCCCAGAAUAUCCCUGUGGACUGGAGCCCAGAGUUGCAACCAGAUGGGAUAUUCAAAAAUAUGCCAGAGAGGCCUACAAUCUGGGGAUCAGGUACAUUGGCGGAUGCUGUGGAUUUGAGCCCUACCACAUCAGGGCAAUUGCAGAGGAGCUGGCCCCCGAAAGGGGCUUUUUGCCCCCAGCUUCGGACAAACAUGGUAGUUGGGGAAGUAGCCUUAAUAUGCACACCAAACCGUGGAUUCGAGCCAGAUUCAAAGGGAGAGAAGAGAGGAUGGCAAGGGGAGCCAACUGUUUGUACUUGGCUGGCAGCCUAACAGGAAGACCGCAGUUCUGGGCCGGGCAGAUCUUCACAAGUGCUGCCAUGGUUCCUUACUGGCUUCCUCUGGGAACUUUUGGUCUGUACUUCUCAUGCCACAGGCAUCGCAUUCUUCUCUGUCUGCUACUUCCCUUUCAGAUCCUGGCUUUUUCAGCAGGUCACUCCAGAUAUCCCCUAUUUGGGGGGUCUUGUUGUCCUUCCUGGUGAUUCUAAAUACCUCCAGAUUUCAAACACGUCUUUUUCUGAAACGUGGUAUGAAA